AUGGCUUCGUGGACGGCUCCGUGGACCCCCGGAAACCGCUCUCUCGGCUCGUGGCCAGAUGCCCCCACCCUGGCACCCGAUCCGAGUGGGCCACCAGGAGUUCCGUGGGCGGCCGCAGUGGCCGGGACGCUGCUGGCCCUAGCCACGGUGGGAGGCAACCUGCUGGUGACCGCGGCCAUCGCCCUGACGCCAAGACUCCAGACCAUCACCAACGUGUUCGUGACCUCGCUGGCCGCAGCCGACUUGGUGGUUGGACUUCUGGUGGUGCCUCCGGGGGCCACGCUGGCGCUGACCGGCCACUGGCCCUUGGGCACGACAGGCUGCGAGCUGUGGACGUCGUUGGACGUGCUCUGUGUGACGGCCAGCAUCGAGACCCUGUGCGCUCUGGCCGUGGACCGCUACCUGGCCGUGACCAACCCGCUGCGCUACCGCGCCGUGGUCACCAAGCGCCGCGCGCGAGCUGCCGUGGCGCUGGUGUGGGCGGUGGCGGCCGCGGUGUCCUUCGCGCCCAUCAUGAGCCAGUGGUGGCGCGCGGGGGCCGACGCCGAGGCGCAGCUCUGCCAUGGCAACCCGCGCUGCUGCGCCUUUGUCUCCAACGUGCCCUACGCGCUGUUGUCGUCCUCCGUGUCCUUCUACCUGCCGCUGCUGGUGAUGCUCUUCGUCUAUGCACGAGUCUUCCUCGUCGCCCAGCGCCAGCUGCGCUUGCUGCGCGAGGAGGUCGGCCGCUUCCCCCCGCAGGGGUCUCCGCGGAUCCGGUCGCGCUCCGCGUCCCCCGCCCAGGGGGCCGGGAUGCGCACUGCGCCCGCAGGCGAGGCUCCCUGCGGUCCGCGGCCCGCGCGCCUCCUGCCGCUCCGAGAGCGCCGCGCGCUGCGCACGCUGGGGCUCAUCGUCGGCACCUUCGCGCUCUGCUGGCUGCCCUUCUUUCUGGCCAACGUGCUGCGCGCCCUUGGGGGGCCCUCGCUAGUUCCCAACUCGGUCCUCCUCCCCCUUAACUGGCUGGGCUACGUCAACUCCGCCUUCAACCCGCUCAUCUACUGCCGCAGCCCGGACUUCCGCAGCGCCUUCCGCCGGCUAGUGUGCGGCUGCCCCGGCCGCGGGCCUCCGGGCCGGGCCAACCCCGCAGGGCGCACCGCGAGGUAA